UGACCAACAGUCGAGAUUAUUCAGGUCGUCACCUUCGCCGUAUUACUUUACCCAGGAGUCGACAUUAUCGCAGUUCGCAAGGAAGAUCAUCUGGAGCUCGCGUUCAGAGCUUCUCUCUUCAUUGCUUCUUCUUCUCUGAGAAGUGGCUGUUUCAGAUUGUGCAGUGACGAACAUGGCUGAAGGGAGCUCCCUUAUCGCGAAAGAUGUCACGGAGAUAAUUGGCAAGACGCCCCUAGUGUACCUCAACCAUGUGGUGGAGGGUUGUGUUGCCCGAAUUGCUGCGAAGCUCGAAAUGAUGGAGCCCUGCUCAAGUGUCAAAGACAGGAUUGGAUAUAGCAUGAUUGCAGAUGCUGAGGAAAAGGGUCUCAUUAAACCGGGAGAGAGUGUUCUGAUUGAGCCUACCAGUGGCAACACCGGAAUAGGGCUGGCAUUUAUGGCUGCUGCUAAGGGUUAUAAGCUUAUAAUUACAAUGCCUGCUUCAAUGAGCCUUGAAAGAAGAACCAUUCUCCGCGCUUUUGGAGCUGAGCUGAUCCUCACAGAUCCAGCCAGGGGCAUGAAAGGUGCUGUUAAAAAGGCUGAAGAGAUCGUGGAAAGAACACCCAAUGCAUACAUGCUUCAGCAAUUUGAAAACCCUGCUAAUCCCAAGAUCCAUUAUGAAACAACCGGACCAGAGAUCUGGAAAGGCUCGGGAGGCAAAGUUGAUGCCCUCGUUUCUGGGAUAGGAACUGGAGGCACAAUAACCGGAGCAGGAAAAUACCUGAAGGAGCAGAACCCAGAGAUCAAGCUCUAUGGCGUGGAACCUGCGGAAAGUGCAGUAUUAUCGGGUGGCAAUCCUGGUCCGCAUAAAAUACAAGGCAUCGGUGCUGGCUUCAUCCCUGGAGUGCUUGAUGUGAAAUUACUUGAUGAAGUUGUUCAAGUAUCAAGUGAAGAAGCUAUUGAAACUGCCAAGCUUCUUGCAGUGAAGGAGGGUUUGCUGGUCGGGAUAUCGUCGGGUGCAGCUGCUGCAGCUGCAAUUAAUAUUGCAAAGAGGCCAGAAAAUUCAGGAAAGCUCAUUGUGGUGGUCUUCCCGAGCUUUGGAGAGCGUUAUUUGUCUACUGUGCUGUUUCAAUCCGAGAAGCAGGAGGCAGAGAAUAUGCUCUAUGAACCUUGACUAAUUUCCUCAAUGUGUUGACAUACUUUGAUUUGGUUUAAUUGACACAUCAAGAAGAAAUUCCAGCCGGCACAUUCUGAUGAAGAUUUGUCCUCUGUGACAAGUACACAAUAACUCGCUGCGGGGACAUGUAUGUUUCUUUUUGUUUCCCCCCUUCAGUUUUUUUCUUCGCUUGUGCAAAUAAAACUGAUCAGGCUGGCCGCGGAGAGUUAUGUUCGUACUGUACUCUUCCGACUUUCUAAACUUUCGUGUGAGUUUUCAUAAUCCUCUUGUGAGUAUAACCUUCUGCGUUCGGUGAAGGGGAAAGGUGACGAUUCAUAGGUAGGAUCUACUCUUUGACUUCCUCCACUGGCCAUGCUUUCUGUAAUCGAAUUAGCCAUAUGCAUAAAGCUGAUAGCAGUUCCAUCUCA